GCAAGUUCUGCCAAUGACGACGCUCUUAUCUAUUACUUCCUCAAAACCCAUCAUCUCCUCUUCGCGCACCUUCCAAAACCAAACCUUCCUCCUCCACUCCAGGAAAACCAUCGUCCGCCAUCCCAAAAAACUCUCCUUUCGAGCUUUAGCUUCAAAAAACGAUAUUGCGGAUGCUGCCAAUGGCAGUUCCUCUCGCCGUAACAUCCUCAUUGGCCUCGGCGGCCUCUACGGCACAGCCACUGGCCUUGCCAUCGGCGCACCAGUCCAACCGCCUGAUCUAACACAGUGUGGACCUGCUGAUUUUCCAUCUGGCGCCACGCCGGUAAACUGCUGCCCUCCGGUGAACUCUAUCGUUGACUUUACUCCUCCGCCGGCUUCUUCGCCUCUCCGAGUGCGCCCCGCCGCCCACCUCGUCGACGCAGAGUAUGUGGCCAAAUACAACAAAGCUGUUGAACUGAUGAGGAAUCUCCCCGCCGACGAUCCGAGGAACUUCAUGCAGCAGGCCAACGUACACUGUGCUUACUGUGACGGCGCUUACGACCAGGUUGGGUUUCCCGGCGUCGAGCUUCAGGUCCACAACUGCUGGCUUUUUUUCCCGUAUCACCGAUGGUACCUCUAUUUCCAUGAGCGUAUUCUUGGAAAGCUUAUUGGCGAUGACACUUUUGCGCUGCCCUUCUGGAACUGGGAUUCGCCGGACGGGAUGCAAUUGCCUUCCAUCUAUACACCAACUUCUUCUUCCCUCUACGACGCUCUCCGCGACCCGGCCCACCAGCCUCCGACCAUCAUCGACCUCGACUUCAGCUUAGACACAUCGCCCGACAGCGGCCAGCAGCUAAUCGACGAUAAUCUCAAGAUCAUGUACCGACAAGUCGUCUCCAACGGUCCGACCUCCGAGCUCUUCUUGGGCGCCGCCCUCCGAGCCGGAGACCAGCCCGACCCCGGCGCCGGUUCGCUCGAAAACGUCCCACACGGCACUGUCCAUCUCUGGACCGGCGACUCGCGCCAGCCCAACCGUGAAGACAUGGGCGUCUUCUACUCAGCCGCCCGCGACCCCAUCUUCUUCGCCCACCAUUCAAACAUCGACCGCCUCUGGGACGUAUGGAAAUCUCUCGGCGGCCAGCGCCAGGAUUUCACCGACACCGAUUGGCUCGACGCCGGCUUCCUCUUCUACGACGAGAACGCACAGUUAGUUAGAGUAAAGGUAAGAGACUGCCUCAACACGGAGCUAUUGCGUUACAAGUAUCAAAACGUGGAUAACCCGUGGGUGAAUGCGAAAUCGGCACCUGCCGGAACUGGAAGGCCGGUUAGGCCGGCCGUUGAGCCGACUUUCCCGGUUACUCUUGACAAGUCGAAUGUGACGGUGACCGUGAGUAGGCCGCCGACGUCGGGGAGGACAGGCAAUGAGUAUGAGGUUUUGGAAGUGCAAGGAAUCCAGUUUGACAGUACAGUUUACAAUAAAUUUGAUGUGUAUGUGAACGCGUCUUCGGCUGCUGUGUUGAGGCCGGCGGUGUCGGAAUGCGCGGGGAGCUUCGCGCAAGUGCCGCAUCUGAAUCAUCAGGGGAAGAAAAAUACGAUGAAGACGACUCUUAAGCUGUGUAUAACGGAGUUGCUCCAGGAUAUUGGGGCGACCGGCGACGAUAGCGUGGUGGUGACGCUCGUGCCGCGUACAGGAGCGGUGACUAUUGCGGGGGUGUCAAUUUCGUUAGUUUCUUGAGUGAGAAGAUUGAGCCUUUGACGCGCGUUUUAUACUGUAAUAACUGUUUGAAUAAAAGUGGUGGUGCGCCGCCAAGCCGGUGGGUUUAUGAUAUUUUCGGGAAAAUAAUAUUGUUUUUUAUUUGUGUAACCGUAUGAAUUAAAUGAAAAUG